UCCAUUGACCCCAACAAAUAUAACAUCCCUCACAGGAUAUGCUCCGCUACUACAAAUAAUGGCAGUCCCAAGCAGCAAACCACAUUAGCUCAGCGAGGUAGAGCUCUGUUUUCGUAGGAGUGAGAGAGUGAAAAUGGCCCCAUCCAUCGACGCUUCUCUUGUUCAGCCCGUCGAUUUCAGGCCGAAACCCGACAAAGUCGUUCACCUCGAGGAAACUCCGGUGAUCGAUUUCUCUAUCCUCCAUUCGCCUGAGUCUGGCAACUUAGAGAGCGUCAUUUCUCAGAUGAGAAAAUCUCUGCAAGAGUGGGAUUUCUUUGUUAUUGAGAACCAUGGCUUAGCCCCUGAGCUCUUUGACAAUGUGAGGAAUGCCAUGGCGAAGUUCUCUUCUCUGCCAUACGAGGAGAAGAAGAAGGCAUCUAGAGAUUUAAAGAACCCUUGGGGUUAUAACGAUAAGGAUCACACUAAGAAUACUAGGGACUGGGCUGAGGUUUUGGAUUAUGUUGUAAAUGAAGGCUUUCAGAUACCUGCUAAUAUGGAGCCUGAUUGCAAAGAAACUGUAGCGCUCAAGAAUUUGUGGCCUCCAAACCCCGAGGAGUUUCAGAAAGUAUGUGAGGAUUAUGGUCGAGAGACCACAAAACUGGCAUCCAAGCUGCUAGAAAUCCUUGCCCUCUGCCUAGGUUUGCCUGCUGAUCGCUUGAACCGAUACUUCGAGGAGACGAUGACCUAUGUUCGCUUAAACCACUACCCUCCGUGCCCAUCUCCUGACCUAGCAUUAGGGAAGGGUCCGCAUGUUGAUGCCAGUGCUUUCACGCUCUUGACCACCGAUGGAGUUAGCGGAUUCGAGGUGAGGCGGAAAUCCGACGGUGAGUGGGUCAGGGUCAGGCCCACGGUCAACUCCUUCAUCUUUGUGCCAGGGGACAUCUUCCAGGUAUAAUGAAAAACCCUAAAAUUUCCAUAUUUAAU